CCGGCAUCGAGAACAGCGACGAACAGAACACUGCCAUUCUUUGGUCGUUGGUGAUACGCGGAGCAUUCAUUUUUAGUGAAGAAUUGGCUCUCGAACUGGAGCGCGGUCGCGGUGACCGUACGAGAUACCUGUUGCACCACAAAAACUGCGAAAUAAGAGACGACGGAGAAAAGAGGUAGAACGCAUUGCACGAGGGCAACGACUACAGAGGAAGGACCAUCGAGCAGUGGCUGUACCGAGAGCAAGAAUGUCGAGAUCACUGAAUUUGGCGGACGACCAGCGAUUCGCGUUGAUGAAAUUUAGGCGGUCAGUUCAAAACAUUUUGCAACCGCAUCACGACGAUUACUUUCUACUGCGCUGGCUAAGAGCCAGAAAAUGGGACCCAGCCGCCGCGGAGAAGAUGCUACGAGAUUCUAUGGAGUGGCGGAAACAAUGGGAAGUCGACAAAUUACCUGAAUGGGAUCCACCUCAAAUUCUUAAAGAUUUUCUGCCUCAUGGGCUAUGCGGUUUCGAUAAGGAUGGAGCGCCAGUGAUCGUUAUAUAUUUCGACGCGCUGGACUUGUACGGUAUCCUGCACGUAGUUUCGCGGCGGGACAUGAUCAGAGUCACUAUAAAAUGUUUGGAGGAGUACCUGAAAAUAACUCACGAACAAAUGAAGAAACACGGCCCUGCAGCUGGCGAGGUGGUCGUGAUUUUCGACAUGCAAGGAUUUAAUUUGAGGCAAUACCUGUGGAGGCCAGCUGGAGAAGUCGUCCUCACCCUAAUCCAAAUGUACGAAGCCAAUUACCCCGAGAUCCUAAAGAUCUGCUACAUAAUUAACGCACCUAAAGUGUUCGCGUUAGCGUUUUCAGUCGCGAAGAAAUUUAUGAACGAGUACACGUUGUCGAAGAUUCAGAUAUACAAGGCUGAUCCGCCAAAGUGGCAAUCGGCGAUAUUUUCUAAUAUCGAAAGAGAUCAGGUGCCAGCAUUUUUUGGAGGCACCCUUACCGAUCCAGAUGGCAACACGAAGGUUCGAACGAAGAUUUGUCUGGGUGGUAAGAUACCAAAGGAGAUGUAUGUAGAAAAUGUGGACAAGGAUAAGCAACAGAACGACUUUACAACUGUGACAAUUCGAAAGGGUGGAAAGCUGGUGCUCGAUAUGUCAGCAUCAGAAAUGGGAUCCUUAUUGAGUUGGGAAUUUCGGUCAGAGGACCACGAUAUUAAAUUUGGCAUACUGAAAAAGGAUACGAACGGGACGAAAAAGGAAAUUGUUCCUGUACGACGAGUAGCUGCUCAUCAAUUGGACGAAAUUGGAAUUUUAACUUGCGAAGCACCUGCUACAUAUUCGGUCGUUUUUGAUAACAGUUACAGUCUUUUAAGAAGCAAGAAAAUUCAUUAUUCGGUACGAGUUUUACCACCAGCGGAAUCGCAAGAAAUUACAUCAACUACUUCAUAAUAAAAUGGUUGCUUUCAAUUAAUACAUUCCUGAAUGUAUUAUUAGCCUAUCAGGAAAACAAUGGUCUUCUAUUUCUGUUACUGUUCUUUUUAUUCAUAUUUUAUCAAAAUACCAAAAAUCAUUCUAUGAAAGUAUAUUUUGUUAUAUCAAUAAAUUUUACAUAACUAACUUAUUUGUACAUUUCUAAGACUUUCGUUUGUAUGUACAAUUGUUCGAUUCUUUGAUUGUAUUAAAAAAUGUUAUAUGGUA